ACAGUUGUAGGAAUGGUUUGGUGGUUAAAUUGUGUUGCGUUGUGAGUAGUGUACCCAAAGAAAACCUUAUUUUGUUGCAGAAGCGAUAAUAUUCGCAUUGCUUUAUGUUUUGUUAAUGAUAAAGUGUAGUGAGUUGAUGUAAGUGGCUUCAAUGCGCAAAGAUAAUUUACGGUUAAAAGAAGAGAGACAUGAAAAAUUGGUCUGUAAUGGCCGCGACCUGACCUUCAUUGGACUGGUCUGAGGAAGUCGAUUGCCCGAUCGGUCGUGCGUGUUUCUGGUGGAGGAGAAACCUCGUGGUUUCUCCUUUUACUUUCGUUAUAAUCAUACGAUUUCCUAAACGAUUAAAAAUUGUGUGGGUUGUAUGUGAAGCGAAAUAAAAUAUAAAUAAAAGUAAAGUGUAUCUCGGUGUACAUACCCCGAUCUUUAAGACGGAGUCAUGAAUGACGACAGAAGUGAGGAGGAUCCCAUAAUGGAUCUCUGGUACAGCAACUGGGAACAGCAGUGUAUUGAAGCUAUUGAAUCAGAACCAGAUUAUGAGAGUCAAUUGCACAAUGAGAAGGAAAUCUACUCGCAACAGAUAUGGACGGGUUUUCAGACUACAGCAUCGGCCAUUGCUCAACUGUACAAAGAUCGUACACAAGGAGCAUCACUGUGGUUGCCCUUCCAAACAGCCGCAGGAACCGUCACGUCUCUUUAUAAAGGCUCACUCGAAGGUAUGAGAAGAUGUAGUGAAUUAGGGUUAGAAAUGGGAAGACAAAAACGUAGUAAAGAAAUAAUGAACUGGGCUCGUAAAAAGCGACGUAUGAUUCGAAGAGAAGAUCUCUUAGCUUAUUUAGCUGGAAAGCCACCACCACCUCGACCACACACUCAUAGAAGUUCUCCUAAACCAAGAACGAUGGUUUGUGGUUCACCUCCAACUCAAAGUAAUGCGGGAAAUAUGGUUGUAUCACCAGCACCAGAGCCAAUAGAUGAUCAAGAUACUAAUCUCCACACCUUCAGGGAAGCUAUUGCCUUAUCUGGAUCACCAAUGUCACGACGUACUGGGAGACAAUCUGAAUUGUCGGCGUUUAUAAGCAGCGAAUUUGCACGACAUCAUAAACGACCGGCUUCGCAUGAUGUAGACAUGGGUUCUCCCACGCACAAGCGUUCACGCUUCAUGUAACGAAUCGCGUCGUUGUAAAAUAGCCUUCGACCUCUCCAUGUAUUCUACUAAAUCAAGUUAACGAUAAAAUAUUUUUUUUGGCUCAAAUACGGUCCCUUCUUUCAUCGUCAUAUGUCACUUUGUUAUGCGAUGAUAGCUGUAUGCUAGUAAAAUGUACAUUACUUGCAACGCACUGUGCCUCGUUUCGCUUCUGGGUCUCAAGGUCGAUAGAAAAAUGCGAGAGCCAUUCAGACUGCCGGGUUUGCAUUAACGAUGCAACUUUGAUGUAAAGAUUUUACCUUGGAUCAAUUUAAACAUGUAUUUGUUUAUUUUUUAAAUAUUUAUUUUGAAUUAAAUAUCUCUUCUGAGAGAUAUCAAACGCUAGUGAUCACAAAAAGUUAUAUUUAUUGUGUACAACUCUUUAAACAUCUCAUUUGUAGAUACGAUGAAGGGCAGUCAAGUUUUUUUUAAACUCGUAUUCUUAUCGAUUGAGACCCUAAGAAUAAUGCUUCGGAGACGAACGAGUAUUAUUGUUCGGUUGUAAAUAUAACGCUUAAAUGAUAAAAAACUGAAAAUUGAAGCAAAAAAAUUAUGAAAUAAUUAGUUAUCAAAUAAACUCGUACUACAUAAUAAUUUUAAUGAUAUAGUAAUAUUAAUUAUUAAUUAAUAAUUCAUGAUUAUUGAUAAUAUUGAUUACCAGUGAUUAAUUUUCAAUAACUUUAUUCUUCGAUAGUUAUCGCAAAAUUUCGAUAUCAAAUUCUCCUGAAUAUAUAAAUUGUAUAUCUAAAGAAAUUUUUAGUUUUUUUAUUUAUGUAAUAUACAUCUAUAUAAAAGAAUAUGAUUCUAUACUUAUAGAUUAGUGAUCAUAAUCACAAUAGAAUUUGAUAUUACAGACGAUAUUAUGUAAAAUUCAGGUACUAUUAUCAAUUUUGUUUUUGGAGAAGAAAAAUUAAUGAAAUUAAAUAUCGUCACAUUAGGGAUAUUAAAAAAUAGUCAUCAAUUUUAUUGAAAUGUUGAUCUUGAUUAUUAAAUUAUUAACUUGAUAAAAUUUUUUAUUAUAUUAUGUAUUAAUAAGUAAGUAAAUAGACAAACGACUUCUCUCGUUCACGUUGAAUAAAAAAAUGGCAAACAUCUCAACGUUAACGCGAGCUUACGUGUGCAAUAACAUGUGAGACUCGUUCUCCUACGGGUAUUCUGUUUCAGAAUUGUACCCGACAUGCGUUUGCUGAAUAAUAAAUAAAUAACAUCUGAAAAUGAAUUUUAUUCAAAAUCAAAAAUGUUAUUGGUAACAUUUAAGAAUA